AUGCGCUUCUCCACCAUCUCGCUCCUCUCCCUCGCCGCGGCGGCGCCAGUUCUCGGUCAAAACAACGGCACCUAUCUCAAGACCCACGCGGGGAAAUACCUAGGCUACACAAUGGUCAGCCGAGGUAUCAUGAUCGGUCUCGCCGUCGACGGGCAAAGCAAGGCUUCCAAGGCAUCUAUCAACAGCAAAGGCAACCUUGAAAUUGAAAUCGAAGGCGGGGAGUCCAAGGCUGGAAUGUCACUGUCAGACAUCUCCGGCGGUCCUGGAAACCUCAGCGAAGUCCUCAUCGGUUACGAAACUCCCACCAAGGGCUUUACAUUUGACCAAAAUGGCGGCCUUACACUUGAUGAAGAGAGGUUCCAUGGAUUUUUCGCGUGCAGAGAAGGAGGUGAAGAAGGCCAGAUGUACUGGGCAACCGAAGAAACGAAAACCCCGGACGGUUGCGAGAAGCUUUCUUUUGCUAAAGUAGCUUAA